GUUGUCCUGAGGCGGCUCCGCCGGUUCCGCGCGCCGCUACUUGGGGCCGGAUCUGCGCCGGGACCGGCUCGUUCGACCCCCGGAGCGUCCCCAGAGCGUCCCCGCCGGGGCCGCAGUGACUAUGGAGCCCCGCGAGCUGUCCCUGGCCCUGCUGCAGCCACAGGUCACCGUGGUGGCCAUCCUGGGCGAGCUGCUGGCCACCCUGCCCAAGCGGGACGAGAUGAUGCUGCUCGUGUCCACAAGGUGCCUGUACAGGGAUCUGGAGAAAUUCACCAAGGAGCUCCGAGCCACCCUGUACCGCAUUGAUUACACCUGGAGGCGCUGCAAUGUCACCUCCGAUGAUGAUGAUGACCCUGGUACCUCCCUGAGUGAGGCCCUGGCUGCCUACAAGUACACCCCAUGGACCGCCUGGGAUGAUGUGACAAGGGCUAGCAGCAAGUGGCAGGGGGCUGUGGAUGUGCUUGUGACCAGCUGGGUCCAGCUGGCCUGGGCAGCCACCAGGCUCUGCAACAUCUGCAGGAGGGCGGCCGACAUGGCCACCACUGCCACUGCCCGGGCCAGGGAGCUGCAGGACGAGGCUGCCCGUGAUGGGACAGCUCUGGAAAACAUGGUGGAGCUGGGUCAGGCCCUGGGUGGGGAGGAGGGGGCCGAGGUGGUGGCCAGGCAUGAAGCCCAGGUGAGGAGAGAUGCCAGGGUGACUGCCAGCGAGGCAAGAAGGGCCACCAUGGUGAAACAGUGGGUGGAUGUGGCCCUGGGGCUGCUGGAGCGCUUGGUGGCCGCGUGUGACGAAGCCACCGCCUUCCCCCGGGAGCUGCAGCGCAGGGUUGGGGACAUUGAGGCCACCCUGAAGGGGACAAAUGAGGUGUCUCCUGAUGUCCCCAACGACUUGGUGAACAAGGUGGCCGUGGCCGAGGACCUGUGGGAGGCCAACGCCCGGCUGGUCAUGCGUCACCUGCUGGGGCCACUUGACGACAUCAUGAAGUUCUAUUUCACUGGUGCUCCCACCAGCCCCAGUGUCUGUGAGGUGGCCGAGCGGUGCCAAAGAGCCAUCGAGGACAUCCCAAGGCUCCUUCGAACCCCGGAGUGUCCCCAGACCAUCCCCGCCGAGUCUCCACUGUCCCCAGCACUGCUGCACCCCCAGGCCACUGUGGUGGCCAUCCUGGGCGAGCUGCUGGCCACCCUGCCCAGUCGGGACGAGAUGAUGCUGCUCAUGUCCGCAAGGUGCCUGUACAGGGGCCUGAAAGACUUCACCUGAGAGCUCU